AUACUGUGUUGAUGUGCGGAAGUGGUUUGUGUUUUGAUGUGUGUUGUGUAGUUUGAUAAGCAAUUUUGAAGUCGCAGCCGUCAUAAUGCCGGCGUAUCAUUCAGGCUUUACGGAAUUUAGCCAAGUCGUGGGUAACAUGGCAAUUUUGCCUUUUAGAACACAAUUUAGACGACCAGCGCCUACAUUCACAAAGGAUACAGACAUCAUUGAUGAAGCUCUGUACUACUUCAAAGCAAAUGUAUUCUUUAGGACGUACGAAAUAAAGAAUGAAGCUGAUAGAGUGCUUAUUUACAUUACCUUGUAUAUAACGGAGUGUUUGAAGAAGCUACAAAAAUGUAGCACCAAAGCGCAAGGGAUGCAGGAAAUGUAUGCAUUGGCAAUAUCUAAGUUUGACAUCCCUGGUGAGCCAGGAUUUCCUCUUAAUUCUGUAUAUGCCAAACCUAGCAGUCCUAGUGAGGCAGACCUGAUGAGGCAGUAUAUACAGCAACUUCGUCAAGAGACUGGUGUAAGAGUAUGUGAAAAAGUUUUCUCUAGUGAUGAUGGGAAACCAUCAAAGUGGUGGCUGUGCUUCGCAAAGAAGAAGUUCAUGGACAAGUCCCUUUCUGGUCCUGGGCAGUGAUGAGAGAACGUGAUGAGAUUCAUAUGUGAGGUGCUCCGUGACAGCAAUGCAUUUUAUGAAGUAUGCUUGUUAACUAAUUAUCGUACUCUCCUGUAUCUUACUUCUGUAACGACCUUGUUGCAGAAGUAGUAACAAAAAAAAGUACAAUUGCACACACUGUAGCAAGCUUCAGUUUGUUUGGUCAUCAAUUAUUAAAUUUAUGUUGGUAAUUAAAUUUGUUGGUAAACACAGUGUGUGGUGGAACAGAAGUUCUUGUUACUGCACAUUGAGUACCAUACUUUUGUGGCAUUCAUUUUUAUAUUCUGUGUUGUCACUUGGAUUAUUAGUUUACCUUAUUGUAAAUACCAUAUUAUGCAUUCCUGGCUGUAUGUGUCAAUAUUAUUUUGUAACUAUCAGUUUUCUGUCAGCUGUUACUAAAAAAUAUUAAUUUGUACAAAAGCGUGCAUCAUAUUGUAUUCAGAA